GUUGUGGUCACCGGUAGACGAGCCGAUAAAGUGUCAGAAGUGGCCAAAGAGUGUCUCAAAGUAUCGCCGAAACAGUCGAAAGCACUGGAAGUGGUGGCGGAUGUGACUAAACCGGAAGACUUGCGACGACUUGUGGACACAACUGUCAAACACUUCGGGAAACUCGAUGUUUUGGUGAACAACGCCGGCGCUGGUGUUGGCGGUAAAAUUGAAGACAAAGAUUUUUACGAUAAAUUUCAAAAAGCAAUGCAAAUAAACCUCAAUUCUGUGGUCUAUUUAACGCAUAUAUGUGUCGAGCAUUUGGAGAAAACUAAGGGAAAUAUAGUCAACAUCUCGAGUGUCGCCGGUUUGAGAGCUGGUUUUAGUCCCUAUAGUGUGGCGAAGUGUGCUCUGGAUAUGUUCACCAAAUGUAUGGCCGCGGAGUUGGGACCCAAACGUAUCCGCGUUAAUGUCAUCAACCCUGGUCCAAUUCGUACUGAGUUUCUCACAGCCAUGGGCUCAUCACAGGCCGAAUCGGAUAAAGUGUUUGACGCCUACGCUGUGGUGCCGGUGGGUCGGGCCGGUCUGUCCGAUGAUGUGGCCGAUUCCAUACUAUACUUGGCCAGUGACCAUGCUGCUUUUAUCACCGGCACUAAUCUUAUUUCAGAUGGUGGUGCCGUUGCUGCCAAUGCUCUCAAUUCAGAUAUACUUAAAAAUUUGGUGUAAAAUAUGUUUACGACUCAUGACAUCAUAUGUUUUGUAUUUUAAU